AUGAACCUACCUCAAGAAGACGUCGCUUCGCCGCGAUCAGUUGAGAACUGCCACAAGCUUCGGCAACUAGCGACAAACCUUCUUGGUGCCGUUACGGAGUAUACCCUCCGCGGCAAUAUGAGUGGGACCCAAGAGACUUCUUUGAAGUCUAGGAUUGUCAGCAUUACCCAAGAUAUCCGCAGCCUCGUUAAGGACCCGAACGAUCAAUGGCAGCUGCACAACAUCCAGAGCCAUAAGAUGGCCGCCAUCAAGCUUUUCUUUAGCUGGCACGUCUUUGAACAUAUCCCCUUGUACCAAUCCAUCUCUUACGUCCAACUAAGCGACCUGCUGAGCGUUGAUUUUCCACUUCUCGGUAGGCGUUCCAACAUAACCCCAUACCGAAUACAAGCUUUAUUAACUAUACAAGUCCGAGUUGCACGAAUGCUGAUCUCCACUGGGGUUCUGGAAGAGGACGGACCCGACCGGGUUGCGCAUACUGUGAACUCUAGGAUCUUUCUUCCCGAUAAUCCUUACGGAAACUUGAACCAAGUUGUGCUGGAAUACGGAUUGUCUAACUGCCAUGCCGUUCAGUAUUUCGACAAAAAUGGACGAAAAGAACCGGAUGGUGUCGGACCCAGUCCUUUCACAUUCACAAACGGUCUGCUUGAUAGCAAUAUAUGGAACAUCUAUGAGGACCAAACGAAGGCGGAUAUCUUCAUGCGCGCAAUGACAGCGUUAGACCGCUUCGCGCCUAUUACCGGUACUGGACUAUAUAGCUUCGCGUGGAUUGCAAAUGCAUCCACGACGGAAGACAGUAAAAGGCCGCUGCUGGUUGACGUUGGUGGUGGCAGGGGCCACGCUGUUGAGGCUAUCUGUAGAAGCACUGGACUGUCAUUGGAACGCUGUGUGCUGCAAGAUAAAGAGCCUGUCAUCUCUAAACUUAAAGGAUCGGAAAGGCUCUCGGGUCUGCAGCUAAUGUCUAUCGACAUGCACAAGGAGCAACCAGUUAAAGGAGCACUAGUAUACUACAUCCGCCAUUGCCUCCACGACUACAGCGAUGACGUAGCCCGCGGCAUUCUUCGGAAUAUCUCCGACGCGAUGACGGCUGAUAGUACGCUGCUGAUUGCCGAGCAGGUGAUAGGCUGGCCUCCGAAGCCUGAGUCUACCGCCAUGGACAUGCUUAUGCUAGCUGUUGGUGGGAAAGAGCGGACCGAGGCAGAAUGGCACCGUCUUUUGCAAAGCUCCGGGCUGGUGCUGGCACGAAUUCACGAGACCCCUGGCUCGUCGCAUUGUGUCAUUAAGUGCAUUAAAGCCGCUCCUACAACGCCUAACUAG